GUAGUCUGCUUUAAAUUUUUAAUAGUAUUCGAGUAUUAACUUUUUUCAGCGAAAAACAAAGAAUUUUUUUCUUCUUCCCUCUUUUUUUAUCUAUAAAACAAAAAGUCAUCAGGCAACCUAUAUUUGCUGAAUAAAGUCUUAAUAUACAACGUUCAAUGGAGAACUGGGCUUUACGGGAAAACAACGAUUCCCCUGUUGGAGUGAAUGGUUUCGUAGAUAAUAUGCAACUGUUAUGGAAACUUCAAUCGCUGGAACCUUUACUGUCAACCGAUGAAAACGACGCUUCACAAUCUACGUUUCCAGAUUUCAACCAAUCUAAUUCCACUUCUGAUUUACCUGAUGAGGAUGAUUUAGUUGACAAGCUAUUCCGUGAAAGUUUAGCUAUGCAACAAGAUAUUGAUAUGAAUCCAGAUCCAUCACUCAGCGAUAGUCUUAUGUUAUUAUCAUCACCACCACCACCAUCACAGCAUCAUAUAGGUAGUAUACCAGACGCGCCAAUUACCAUUAGAAAACGCUCUAGGUCACCUGUAACCACCGCUGAGAAAUCAUUACAUGAAUCCCAUCACCAGUUUUAUUCUCCUUCCCCUAUACACUUACAACAACAGCCGUCUAUUGGACAAAGUAGUAGUAAUAGUAGCCCGCUAAUUAAUUAUAGACAACCGAACCAAUUGUCGUCUCCAGUGUUGACAAAGAAAACUGUCGAAGUUAUAGAUAUAUCUUCUCCUCCCGCCAGCUCUGUUCCCGUCACAUCAUCAUCAUCAUCAUCAUCUAUUGUAAAUACUGUCCCUUCUCCUCAACAAAAUCUUUAUGAAAAACAAUUACAGCAGCAACAACAACAACAGCAACAACAGAAACAGCAACAGCAACAGCAACAACAACAACAACAACAACAACAACAACAACAACAGCAGCAGCAGCAGCAGCAGCAGUAUGAGAGACAGCAAAAGGAGCAAUACGAAAGGAAACAGAAGGAACUAUACGAAAGACAGCAAAAAGAACGUUAUGAGAGACAGCAAAAGGAACAAUACGAGAGGCAACAAACAGAGCAAUAUGAAAGGAAGCAAAAGGAAGAAUAUGUGAGACAGCAGAAGGAACUAUACGAAAGACAACAAAAAGAUCAGUAUGAGAAAAGGCAAAAGGAAGCUGAAAGACAACAAAAAGAACAAUAUGAAAGACAGCAAAAAAUGGUGCAAAAAAUGCAAUAUGAAAGACAGCAAAAACAAGAGCAAAUGGAAAGGCAGAAACUCUUGUUGGAAAGACAACCCACGCCUGCCAAUAACAUAAUUGCUCAAUUUCCUGUAUCUACGACAUCUAUAUCGCCGCCUACUGUCAGUAAGCAAACCGCAAAAGUGACAACGCCUACACCAACACAACGAGUACCUCCACCUAGACCUCAGCUCCGUUUGCACUUCCCAAAAAAUACAGGUUCUUUGGAUUCGGUCAUUUUCGAUGAUCUGAAGGAUCCAAUGAAACCUGAUCUGGAUGUUAACAACUUGCGUCGAUUAACGGUGGCGACAUUAAGAACUUUGGGUGUUUAUGUCUCGUAUGAGGAAUUGCCUCCUGUCGAUAUCGAAGAACCUUUAACGACAGAUUCGCAACAGGUGUUACCAGCUGCGGCCAUGCAAUUAAUCACAACAAUGGUUUUGGGAACCUCAGGUGAUAAAGAUGUAUCACAAACAUUGGGAUCUCAAAUAUCCAAUGGUGAUCUUGUUGCACUACAAAGAAUGAUUGUUGCUGGAUUACGUAGCAAGAACAUUGUGAUUCAUACAGUUUUGACAGACCAAGCUACAAACGACGGAAAAGAUACAACCUUAAAAGCGAUAGGCGCUACUAUGCCAUCCUCUUCUUAUGAUAUGGUUGAUCUAUCGCGCGUAAAAUUCGAACCUCCACAUAAUGUUACUCGUUUAUUCUUACGCUUAUACAGAUUUAUUAUCAACAUGUUACUUUCUACACCUGACUGCUGGCCAUUCAUUCAACCUGUUCCAGAAACUGCAUUUUUGUAUCAUCAAGAAGUGAAAAACCCAAUGGAUCUUUAUACAAUCGAAGAAAAUGUCUGGAGUGGAAAAUAUACGAAGUUUGCUAGAUUUGAAAGGGAUAUGCAACUCAUAUGGAAAAAUGCAAGAGCUUUUCAUCGUAACGCCGGCACCAUACCGAAGCAUGCUGACAACCUUGAAAGGUUAUUUACCAAAAUUGUGAUGGAUAUCAAGAGACAAAUUAGAAAACAACAGCAGCCUUCAGGACCUCAUGAUUUUAAAUUCGAUCCAACCAAUUCUUUACCCGAAGAAUCCGACUUUUCUUAUCCACCCAUAGAGCAAGUGUUUUCAGAAUCAAGCACUGUGUACGCUAUAUCAGCUUUAUCGCCACUUGAACCUAAAGCACGAAAACCAAAGGGAUUAACCAAUGAAAAACAGCUGUAUCUCCAAUUAAAUGGACCAUUUUUUCAAGCUGUGGAGCGCAUGAAAUCUGAUUUGGAAGGAAAUCAUCGACUUGUGCCUCGUUUUUAUAUUGCCAAAAACCGCACACUUUUACGACAGAUUCGAUCCCAAGGUGUACUCGCCAUUUUUUACAAUACCAAGACAAACCGUGCACGAUCCAAUAAGAACUUCCGGAUUGAAACCGACAUGAUUUUAGCGUACCCGGCCAGCGAACUGUUUGAUAUCGACCAAAUUAAUGAAUGCACAGACGAUUUUGCACCUAAGGGUUGGAUCCACCUGCGACCUUUACGGGUAGUUAACCAUAUAUCUUUUGAGGUGAAUGAGACCAUUGAACGUGACUAUUUCCGAAGAAUGUUUGCUACGUCAAAAAUGGCAACAGAUGAUCGCAGUGGACAUCAUAACUCAACUACAAAAAAACUUUUAAAGAACGUCGUGCGUCAAAUUUUAGGGCUGCCUGAACGAACAUUGGACAUUUCGGGUUGUGAGAUCCAUCCUGUGGUUCCGACUCCCAUGGCGGAAUUAGUGUCGUCAGAACUUGUUGUAGAAAACAGACCGAUGCAGCAAAGAAUGAUUAAGACAAAAGAAGAAGAAGCAAUGGAAGUAGAUGAAGGCUCGGAUGAUGAAACUAUUAAUGAAGCAACUCCUAAAUCCGUAGAGGAAAAGAUGGAGGUCGAUAUCAAGUCUGAUAUGAAUGCCAUAUCGAACACGCAACGAUUGGGUACGAAAGAGAUCUCGCAUGAGGUUUGGCGAAAGCUAUUCAAUGUGUGUACAAGCAAAGGCAUUUUAAUCCGAAAUAUGGCGGCGCAUGGAAAUAUCAAUUGGAACUCACCAAAUUCAGAGGGAUUUUUUAAACGUGUGUAUUUUUUUGAUGAUAUUGUCGUUCAAGCAUUUAGACAAAUGACCAUGUAUCAACGUAUCACCGAAGUCGCAUGUUUAAUGAAACUGCGAAAUUUACCUCAUAUGGCACAAAUGAGGGAGGUGCUAUUUAACGAUAACGGCGAUGUUGCUGGCUUAUCGAUGGAAAGAUACCAAAUUACCCUUAAACAAUAUACACAUGUACACUCACAUCACCGAUUAUCAGCCUAUCAGAAAUACGAUGUGAUUUAUCAAAUGUUGAUCUGCAUGAAGACGAUCCAUGAAGCAGGACUUGCCCACCGUGAUCUUUCUGAAGUGAACAUUAUGGUUAACACAAUAGAAGGCCAAUAUUUAGAAGACGGCAGUGAUAAAGUGUGUUUGUAUUUGAUUGAUUUCGGUAAGGCUGUAUUUUGUAAGGCACAAGAUGUACGUGAUUGGUUUGUGGAUGUGCCACGCGCUGAAUGGGAGUAUGACGGAGAUGUUGUUCCUGAAACCAAGGAAGAAUUAGAUACUUGGUGUGAAUCUUUGCCCUGGGUUAAAGGCAAGCCUGACCAUGGUUAUAGAAUGUAUAGAUCCAUCCAGACACUACCAAAGACAAGAUCAGAUAAUCAAGUACUUCCGUGGCUCAUCAACCCCCAAGCAGAAGACAUGUAUUCUAUUGGUGUAAUGAUUUGGAAAGUGUUUACAGAUACAGAACCAUGGAGAGGUAUUCUCGAUACAGAUUUACAAGGAUUAAGAUAUGUGGCAGAGGACGAUUAUCGAAUUCAGCGUGCAUUGGAAGGAGAAGUGCAUGGUGAGCUAAGCCGGCAGUUAUUACUAAAAUGCUUGAAGACCAGGCCUCAAGACCGUGACACGGCUAAAGAUAUAUUAGAUUGGAUCAGUCAAGAAAGUGUGCAGGCUGGUUUAAUUGGCGAGUGGAAAAUGUAUUCAUCUGAUACUCGAGGAUCUCGUAGAGCAAAGAACCUGUAUGGAUUUGAAGAGAAUGAUGAGGAGGAAAAGAAGAAACCAAGAAGAAGAACGAACAACGGAAAUAAAUCUAGAGGUAGACCUAAAGUGUCUAAAGACACAGUAAUUUGAUCUUAAUUGUACACAAACACACUUUCACACUUAUACAUAAUACACAUCCAACAACUCAUUAUUACAAUUUGAAAUACUCUUUUGAUACGCACACAACAAAAGCAACUAUUUCUCUUCCAAUGCAUCUACAUUAAUAAUUACCUUUCUUGUUUCUUUUUGACUUUUAUCUAUUCCUUUUAAAUUCUCAUUCUUUCCAUUCGUUCAAAAAAAUGUAUAUAAAUCUAUAUCAAUACAGUUUUGACACA